CGGCGCGCCGUUGACGGGCGGGCAGUUGGCCGCGCCGAGGCGAGCGGGCGGCGAUGGAGCAGGGAGAGCAGAGAGGACAGCUCCAGGAGUACCUGGGAGGCCCAAGUGCAAAACCCCAUGGAAAGGACCAGAGGGUUCCACCCUUAAAAGCAGCUCCUAAACCAGGCCAGGUUGACAGGAACAAGAAGGAUGCUGUCAGACCUGUGCCAAAAGGUGCUCCAAGGGAUGGCAAGCUUGGUGCCAAGCCCACACAGCACAUUGGCCGUGCUGCUCAGCAGAAGCCUUCAGCUGCAUCCCAGAGGGCAGCAGGGCUGCAUCCAGAGCAGCCAAGGAAGGGCACAAAGGUGCCCGGGGGGCCAGGCCUGAGCCGCUCUGUGCAGCCCAGGGGCAAGCUGCCAGCUGCAGCCUCCAGCCACCUACAUCCAGCAAGGAGCAAGAAGCCUGCCCAGGACUCUGCAGCCCCUCCAGCUGGGGGUGAACAGCCCCAUCCAGGGGCACCUUCCUGCCCAGGUGAGGGCCUACAGGACAGGCUGGGGGGCAACAAAGAGAACAUCCAAGGCCGAGCCCCUGCACGGCCUGUGCUGGACAGGGCUCUGCAGGCUGCUGGGCACAAAGGAGUCCUGACUGCCAGGCAGAGCUCAACCACCACCUGGAGAUCCACCACGGGCCCCAGGGCCAAAGUGGGCACCCAGCAGGCUAAGGACAAGCCAGCUCCUGAGCAACCCAAGCCAACAGGCUCAGGCUCCAGGAACCCAAGCACCAAAAUUCAUCCCCUGCAGCCCCCACGGCUGCCCACAGCUCCUGCCCAUUUGCUGCACAAAAAGCCAGGGGCAAACCAGGAGAAAGGUGGCACAGGAAGACCUCCCCUCGUGAAAAGACCUCCCACAAAGCCUCUGCCCCCCAGCAGACCCCAGGGCACCACACAGCUGCCAUCCAGCCUGAAGCUGGGUGGCACCGUGCGACAGAAGCCGCCGGCUAAAGGGGAGGCCGACAGGAAGGAGGCAAAGGUGGCACCAGCCGGGCACAGAGCAGCCUCCCGAGCACCAGCCCCACGAAAGCAGCCCUGCGGCACACAGAGCUCCGCAGCUCCACCGGCGCAGAGCGGCUGGAGGGGCAGCAGCAGGGAGCCGCCGCGGGCAGCGAUGUUCCCCGGCCGCGUCCCCAGGACCCCCACGGCUGCGGAUCGCAAGAAGCAGCUGCAGGAGUGGUUGGCAUGCAAAGGCAAGACCUACAAGAGGCCACCAAUGACCCUGCUGCAGAAGAGCGCAGUGAAGGUGUCCUGCAGAAGAGUCAAGGAGCAAGAGGAGCAGCAGCAGAACCCAGAGCUGCCCUCCCUGGAGCAGGCCAACAGCCUCUUGACCGAGUGCCUGAGGCUGCUGGAGGAGGGUGCCCAGGCAGAGGAGGUCCAGGCCAAGCUGUCUGCCGUGCCCCAGGCAGAGAAGUUUGCCAAGUUCUGGAUCUGCAGAGCCAAGCUGCUGGCCGAGGGCAGCCCCUGGGACCUGGCAGGGCUCUACCGAGCUGCCGUCUGCGCCGGCGCCACCCCACUCCAGGAACUCAGAGAAGUUGUCCUGGAUAUGAUGAAGGCUGCAGACCAAACAGCAGAAGGGCCCAAGGCUGAGCUGCCCAUCCCUUGUGAUCCUGCCACGCCUGGCCCGGGUGGGAGGCAGCUGGAGGCAGCCACUCCCCGCCAGCCUGCGAGGUCCCUGCCCUGCCUGCCAGCCUCAAUCAAGCUCCAGGUCACAUCUGCACCCAGGGUCCGGGAGCCGCCGGGCGGGCGGGCGCUGAAGCUGCUGACGCCGGUGCGGCGCUCCCUGCGCAUCGAGCGGGCCGGGAGGCGCUACCCGGAGAUGCUGAAGGACCACGACCCGGUGGUGUCAUCCCUGCGGGAGAUCCUGGAGCCAGAAGAGGAGACUCAGUUCCUCUUCCGCGAAAACAAGGCCCUGCCCGAGGUGGCAGAGCUGGAGGGGCUCAGUUUGUGUGCCCCCGAGUGCUGCUGAGGGGCAGGGGGCAGGCUGCUUGCCGCUGCCCCGGGGGCUGCCCUGCCUAAGGCUGCCUGAGCUCUUGGUGCCUGUUUGAGACCCUUCGGCCCUGGGGGCACCAUUUUAAAUACACAAACCCUUGCAGUA